AUGCUUGAGAAAACUGCCGGUGAAAACGAGGAUGAGUGUUGCAAAACAAUUACUCUUGGCCUGGGAGCGUGCUGUGGGACAUGGGCGACAUUGCCGAGUACAAACCAGAAAUGGCCUAUCGAGACUUUGGUCACCUCGAAGGAUGCCACUGCGGGUGCAGACUUGGAAAAGGGGAGAGCUUGUCAAACCAAUGCAGGUGAACAAAGACUUGCUGCGAGGCGGCAUUUCCUUGCCGACUUUGGUUUGGCAGUUAAACCUGGGACACCGGUCAAGUGCAGGUGGCAGUCGCCUGCCAUUUUCUGUGCCCCUGAGGGAUUCCACGGCGCUGGUCUUAGCUUUGCUAGCGACAAGUUACAUGUGCCUCUUCGCAGAGCUCUACCUGAGUUUCGUCCCCUUUCGCGGCAGAGCAAAACCACAGCAUCAUCCAACCUGGUGCAGAAGCUAGGUCCUCUACCUCUGCAAGGGGCUGGCAGGUAUGAUGCAGGUGGUACGCCCGACGAGUCUUGGUACGCCCAAACGCGAGCACCAGCUACCCUGGUUACUCUUGAGGAAAUGACCAAGCGUUCGCGUCUCGACGCGAGCAAUGUCGAGCGGAAGUUGGUCGACUCCAUUUUCUCAAAAGUGUUUACAUGCUUGCCAGAAAAUCGCCCAACGGCCGAAGAACUGUUGGAAGAUGAGGAUUUCAAGGCCAUCGUGGCCAUGUAUGAAUGCUGA